GAAUGUGUGGUCUUCAUAAAAAGCACCAGAGGACAGCACACCUUCAGUUAUUAUGACCUGAUUUUUCUUUUUUUGUAUUCAUAAAUAGAUAAAAAGUUUUAUUUCUCAUUACAAGCUGACUUGAUUCAAAUGUGGACUGAUGCUGGAGAUGAACUAUAAAAUAUUACUUUUCAGAAUGAAUAGACACUUUUGUUACUUUGGACAUGAAUGAAAACACACACAAACAAGCACACACACAGUAAUGGCCGCCAUCCAUUACUUUCACAGAGCUGGGACAGUCUACAGAUUUGCGUAGGUGGCAGAAGGUAGGUCCAAAUCCCUUGUGGGGCCCAGGGAUGAUUAAUGAUUAAAGGGGAUUAGGCGGUAGGUCGGGACUUGGCUACUGGUCUAACUCUGAUGCUGCCGUGGCUGCCUUCAUAGUAUCUGUGUCACUACGACCACUCGCUUCUCUCAGGACUAAAUCUGAGGACGUCAGCAGGAAUACAAACUAAAAAUGAGAGAAGAAUGACGUGAGAUCUUCAAGGUCAGUGCUGACCAAGAUAAGGUUGGUACAGUGGACUUCGUGGAUUCUGUUUCACUGUCAGUUAUUUCUUUCUUAUUUCUUUCAUUCUUACUUUUCAUUUUGUUUUUCAAAGGUUUGUCCAGGCAGAAAUGCCAGGAUCACUGGAUUCAAAAAGAGAUACUGUUUUUUUUAAACCACAUUACAUCUUAAUGAUCUUUCCUCAGUUUGUCUCACAUGUAUACUGUUUCACGCUAGCAUACAGCCGAUCAUGUCAUUGGAUUAUGUCUUAACAGUGUUUUCCAUUCCAAGAAUUGUACUGUCAUGUGAGAUUUCUUAUUUUUCACACUCUAACCAUUGCAGUCUCACAGGCCUGCCUGCAUCUACAGUAUAACCAUAAUGCAGCGUCCACAAGAUAUUGAUCACGACUACCAGGCUAAGCUGAUUAUAAGAGGACCUUCAGUGAACUAUACAACCAAUCCCCCUCCCCUUGGCCCCCCACAACCCCUGGGGGAUAACCUGUUCCUCUCCCCUGCUCUACCUGCAUCCCACCCUUAAUCCCCCCCUUGGACUUUAAAGAAAACUUAAAAGGAGAUAUAUACAAUGGCGGUCUUGAGAAUGAAAUUCACAAAGACCAAGAGGGACAAGUUGGCCCAGGUUCUAUGGAUCCUGAAUUGGAUCUCAGUGGUGACAGGGGCCAUCCUGUUCAGUCUGGGGCUCUUCCUCAAGGUUGAGAUCUACAAGCGAGAAGAGCUGAUGGCUAAGAGGGACAUCCAGUACGUACCCAACAUGCUGAUUGCUGUGGGCCUCAUCGCCUGUGCCAUAAACUUCCUGGGUGGGAAGAUCUGCUAUGACUGCGUGGACAGCACCAAGUUCUUGCGUUGGAAGCUGAUCAUGCUGCCCUACAUUAUAUGCACUUUCUUCUUCACCUUCUGCGUGCUGGUGGGGGCUCUGAUGUGUUACAGCAUGCGGGGGGAGCUAGAGGAGUCUCUGAACCUGGGGCUAACAGAGGCCAUGAAGUUCUAUAAGGACACGGACACACCAGGACGAUGCUUCCUGAAGCGCACUGUGGAUAUGCUACAGAUAGAGUUUCAGUGCUGUGGGAACAAUGGCUAUAAAGACUGGUUCCAAAUCCAGUGGAUCAGCAGCCGUUACCUGGACAUGUCCCAAAAAGAGGUGGCAGACCGAUUAAGAAGUAACGUGGAGGGGAAGUACCUGAUGGAUGGAGUCCCCUUCAGCUGCUGCAACACAUUCUCUCCGCGGCCCUGCAUCCAACAGCAAAUCACCAACAACUCUGCUCACUUCAACUACGAGCACCAGACAGAGCAGCUGAACCUGUGGAUGAAAGGGUGUCGCCAGGCAUUGCUGGAGUACUACAAUCACAUCAUGCAGUCCAUUGGCCUCACAGUCCUUAUCACCUGGCUGUUUGAGCUGUCAGUGUUGACCGGGGUUCGUUUCCUCCAGACCUCACUGGAAAACGUGCUAAGACAGGGUGACCCCAACUGUGAGUCUGACGGCUGGCUGCUGGAAAAUAGCUUUAUAGAAACAGCUCGCAUCAACCUGAAUAUCAUUAAAAACCUUGGCAAGUGCAACCAGAUAGACACUGCCAACAACGGAGACCCCAACAUAAACGUUCCCUCCACCUCAAAAGCACACUAUGGGCCAGACAAUGUGCCCCCGAAGGAAACACCUGAAGACAGUUGAUCUUUCUCAGGCCUCGGUGAACCCUGAAGGACUAAAUAAGGGCCUUCAUCUAGACUACUUGUUCAAAUUACAUACAUACAUAUGAAUCCAAAUCUUUCCAUACAUGUUUCUUUUUCAUUGAUGCAAACAACAUCACAUAAAUCACCACAUCUGUACUGUACAUCUGUUGUUUACGAAUGAUAUCUUGUUGCCUGUGUAUUGUGUGUGGUUUUGCAACAGGUUUACGCCUGUCAGCUGCAACACUGGAGUCAAAAAGGAACUUGAAAUAUAUUAUUGUUUCAUAAGAAUAAAUUAGAGAUAGGAGACAGAAGUUGAAGCCCACAGAUUUGUUUUGCCUGAAUGUAUGAUAUAAAGUACAAUCAGAGUGUAGAACAACUAUAGAAAGAAUUUGUAUAUAAAUGAAAGUCCAUUAAUAGAGUGUUUUGGCCUCAAGUUAAAUAAGUCGUAGUAUAAAUCCUGGAGAGAAAGAUUAACUUUACAUAGCUGUGGGUGUUUAGAUAAAUAGUAACAUUUUUGGAUCUGUGCAUUUCACUUAACUUCAGCAAACAAGGUUGCACCAAGGGUAGUUAACAAUGGGAGGAAUACAACAUGUUUUUGCUUACACAUGAGUUAAAAGCACAUAUCCAGACAGAAAUCUAAUUGAUAACACAAUAUACUACAUUUUCUAGAAUGUUUAAGCUGUCACAAGUAUGAAUCUCAUGUGCCUCAGCAAUGCCACCAUGGUCUUAUGAAAACACCUCAGUCAUUUUUUGCUGAGAUGAGCUACUAAGCUUUACAAUAAACCUUCUGAUGGCUGAGUUUUACUGUUUGUAGGAUCCAAGCCAUGGCAAACUAGGCUACUAUGCUGUACUCUGUAUUAAUGAUAAAGCCUUCAACAUGUUGGCUGGUAGCAGGGUUUUGUCUGUUGGUCAUAGUAACCAUCUUUCUGCUUUAUAUGCCUUUCUUUUCAGAAAUUAUAGAGUAGAAGGCAGCUGAGAAGGUAGCUUACGGUUUAAGCAUUUUGGAGCAAAGGGAGGGGGGGGGGGGGCUUGGAGGUUUGUUAAAAUAAACAUGUAGGUUAAUAAAGUUUUCAUUGUGGCUAAAAACAAUUGUGAAAAAGGAGAAUGUUUCAUAUUUUUGCUUCAUUUGGGGCUGUCACUUAAAACAAAUGGUUCCUACACAGACUUUCUAGGCCCCUCAAAUUCAAGGACCCAACACAAAUAGUUGAGACACGGAUCAAGGUAAAUUACUGUUAGAACACUGAGAAUCUUUAUAAUGAGAACUAUCAGGCCUUACAGAAGCUCAGACACAACAAUUAAAGACAGAGGCUUGAAUGUGUGUGAACACUUGCCAACUGUGGUUACACAGAUGUUAUAAUAAGUAAAAAAAAAUUAUAUAUCAAAAGCACUUAAAUACUUGUACAAAAUAUAUACAUUCAAGCACUUUGAUCCAUGCCUAUUUAUGUCUACUCUAACUUUCAUGGCCUUGAAUUCCACGAAGCAGGGACCCUCUCCUUCAUAUAUUAUAUGUAUAAAAUUGUGCUGCAUAUUAAACUGGGCUUAAAAUAAUGUGUAAAUGAUGGGUAAGGCAGCCUAUAGCGUCAGCCCAGAUGACAGCACAAGGAUUCAUCGGUAGCUGUCAUCAAUGUGUAAAUUGUGUAAAAAUUGUUUUAAUGAAUAGGCCGAUUUAUCUAAUAUGUUGGAAGAAUCAUGUUCAUUAAAUGAGCGAACAAUAAUUUAGCAGUCCACACACCCCACCCUCAGGCCAUUAAACAGAUUAUAUAGAUGGAAUAAAUUUUAGAAACUGUGACACUAUUGUACUGAGAUUGAUUCAGGCCACAGAACAGUUCAUCUGUAUAGAGGCUCGUGUCUUUAUUUCCACAGCCUGGAAGUCAUGAAGUACUGUCAAACAACACAAAAAGGAGGAGAAUGUAUUUUCACACAUUUUUUUCCUGAAAAGGCUGACCAAUAAUGCAAAGGAGUAACUGGCAAGAAAUCAUAUACUACCUUUGAUCUCUACAUGUCUUCUUCUUAAAUGGAUUAUUUAAAUAGUUUUCUUUUUACUUCAAUUCAAUUUGUGUUAAGUGGAAGGAAUCAACACCAUAUGGUGACAUGUGACUGACAAUCUUGCAAUGGUCCAUUUAAAGUUUUAAACAUUCCAAACAUACAGUGGAUAUCUGAUAAUUAGAAUAAGUUUGGCGUAAUAGACUUUUUUUCUAAAAGGACGUCUCAUAAUACCAUGUAAGAUGGUGGAGACGUUUUCAUAUAAUUCAGUCACUGAUUCUUAAGAUCAGUAACAACUUUCAACCAUAAAUACCAAAAAUGGCUGAAAUAUUCAGAAAAAUUGAUUCUGGUGUCUGCUUAUUAUUAAAUGAAUUUACACUGGUGGUGGUUGAGGUGACUUACCCCCUUCCCUCCAAAGCGCUUUGAAUAUCAAUGAUAACACAUUAUAUUAAUGUAAUCCACCAUUAUCAUAAUUACAUCAGAAAAUUAUGGAAGCAGAUUACUGUACACUUCUCUCCGAAUAUUGAAUCUGUUUGUUCAACUUUGAAAAUAAUGCGUAUUUUAUAAACGUUUUAUCCAUGGCAUAUGCAUCUAUAUAUAAUAUACGAGUAAAGGUGAAGUAGGAUGUGGCCAUCAUGCUGACCGCCUGCACAAAAAUGUGUAGGAUGUGUGAUCAUGCCUGUUAACAUUUCCAAAUAAAUGCCCUUCAAAACAGUAUAAUUCAACAAUUAUAACUUAGGACAAAUCUGAAUUUCUAACACAAAAAGAGAAUGCAGAAAAUUCACAGCAUUACUGAGGAGAGAAAUCAAAUACAUUAACUGAUAACAGAAACAUAUUAAUGUGUAUCUGAUGUUUGUCUUUAUUUGUAUGAGCCUCUUUGCAAAUAACAUUAUUCUAGGAUAAACUCAUUCUCACAGCAGACAAUCAAAUUAAAACAAGGCGACUUGGGUUUACUUAUGAACCAUCACCCUCCACUAUUUGUCAUCUUCCUCCUUUUUGACUGUCCCAUUUCUCUCAGACUCAGCAGGGGUUUCAUCAGGGAGGGAUUGGCUGCUCAGGCCUCCUUAGAUUGUAGGAGGGCUGUUUGUGUGUGUGUGUGUGUGAGUG